AUGCCUAAGAGGGAGGUCAGCUUAGUCAAAGGGAUGGCGAAGGAGGAGUCCAAGAGGAGAUCUGCAAGGUUGUCCCCUAAACCUGCUCCUGAAAAAGUGGAAAUGAAGCCAAGAAAGGCUGAAGGAAAGGAUAAAUCUUUGGACAAGAAAAUGCAAGCAAAAAGGAAAAGGGGAGAGGAGAAAAAACCAUCUGAAGUGCCUAAUCUAGAGACCAACCAAGGCUCACCUGCCAAAAAUGGAGAAUCGAAAAACAAGGUGAGCUCAGCCUCUGACGAAGCAGAAGAGAAAGAUGCCUAG